AUGACUAAGCUGGAAGACCACCUGGAGGGAAUCAUCAAUGUCUUCCACCAGUACUCAGCCCGCGUGGGGGAUUUUGACACCCUCACCAAGCGUGAGCUGAAGCAGCUGAUCACAAAGGAACUUGUCAACACCAUCAAGAACACCAAAGAUCAAGCCACCAUUGACAAAAUAUUCCAAGAACUGGAUGCUGAUCGAGACGGACAGGUCACCUUUAAUGAAUUCAUUGUCCUGGUGGCCAGGGUGCUGGUGACCGCCCAUGACAAUAUCCACAAAGAAUAA